AUGAUACCGUCGGCUCUCGUCGCGAAUGCCGUAGCAACAGUCGCUCGCCCGCCCGUUCCUGAGGGCCUUGGAACUGAAGCCUGCACCUUUGCAUCUCGGACCUUGGACCUCGUUCGCCUCGAACUUGAUAAGACGAUUCCGCCGCGCACCUGCUGGUGGAAGAGACGCAUCCACAAUAAUAGCUUGCAAGGGACGACGGCGCGCUUCCGGACAGUGAGCAACACGACAGCUUUUCUCGACACCCCCCUCGACUCACCCCUCGACACACCUCUCGACAUCGACGCCAACACCUCCCUCUCUUCCACCGGCUGGUGGCCUCAAACUCUGGCCAUCAUGAAGGUCUUCUCCAAUACUUUCACGUACGACUACUCCUGGGAGGAGGUCUCGUCUGCCAACUGGCGCAAAUAUGGCCCCUGGAAUAACAAGUCGGAGCACGUCAUCGCCGUCGAUACUCUCUCGCAGUCCCUCGAUGCCGAGACGGGUAUCCUGAGGACGGAGCGGCUCAUCACCUGCAAGCAGUCGGCGCCCGAGUGGAUAAAGACCAUCUUGGGGAACCACGACGUCAGCCACGUGUACGAGGCAAGCUACGUCGACCCCAACGCCAAGACGGUCACCAUGGUCAGCCAGAACCUGACUUUGAGCAAUCUCGUCAUCGUGCAGGAGGAGGUCGUCUACCAACCCCACGGCCACCACCAGACCCAGUUCAUCCAGUGCGCCCGCGUCACGGCUCUGUGCGGCGGCUGGCAGCGCAUCAAGAACCGCAUCGAAGAUACCCUCGUCAGCCGCUUUAAGGAGAACGCCGUCAAGGGUCGCGAGGGUUUCGAGCGCGUCCUGGAGAUGAGCCGCAAGGUCUUUGCCGAGGAGCGCGCCCGCCAGCAGAUCGGCCAGGUUCUGUAG